GUCAACAGUUCUACAAUCCCCAAACUCUGCCCUGAGAGAGCUGGGUCUAGUAACAAUGACCUUCAGGAUUCAGGAUUGAAGCUGCUCUCUGGUGGACGGAAGAAUCCAAACUGUCAGCUGGAGAUACUGAGGUUGUCUGGCUGUAUGGUGACAGAGGAAGGUUGUGGUUAUGUGUCUUCAGCUUUGAGUUCAAACCCCUCACACCUGAGAGAGCUGGAUCUGAGCUACAAUCACCCAGGAGUUUCAGGAGUGAAGCUACUCUCUGAAAAACUCAAGACUCCCAACUUCAGUCUGGACAAACUCAAUGUGAAUCAUGGAGGAGAAUCCAGGAUUACAGCAGGACUGAAAAAAUAUGCCUGUGAUAUCACACUGGAUCCAAACACCGCAAACACUGCACUUAUUCUGUCCGAGGAGAACAAAAAAGUGACACGUGUGAGAGAGAAACAGCCGUAUCCUGAUCAUCCAGACAGAUUUGAUUAUUGGGAACAGGUGUUGUGUAGAGAGAGUGUGUGUGGACGCUGUUACUGGGAGAUUGAGUGGAGUGGAGACAAUGAUGUGUUUAUAUCAGUGUCAUAUAAGAGCAUCAGCAGGAAGGGAGGUUAUGAGUGUUUGUUUGGAGGUAAUGAUCAGUCCUGGACUUUGAUCUGCUCUCCUGACAGAUACUCAUUCAAACACAAUAACAUAGAGACUGUUCUCCCUAUAGAACCCAUCAGCAGUAGAACAGACGUGUGUGAUGAUCACUAUAUAACAGGAGUGUGUGAUGAUGAUCACUAUAUAACAGGAGUGUGUGAUGAUGAUCACUAUAUAACAGGAGUGUGUGAUGAUGAUCACUAUAUAACAGGAGUGUGUGAUGAUGAUCACUAUAUAACAGGAGUGUUUGUGGAUCACAGUCAUGGUCUGAAGAUGAUCUGA